GAUUAAAGCGAUGGUAUGAAAUAGUAUCAAUUUGAGUAUAUCACUACAAAUAGAGUCAAGCAAACAUCAAACAUCUGAUUCCAAACAACCGAGUUGUACAUAUAAUUUCAAAAUAUGUUCAUCAUGAUGAAACAGCGUAUAAGAGUGUAUGGACAUAAAUAUUCAAUCAUUUUUCUGGAUCAGAUGAAGUCGAUGCCUGACCAGGAACUUCCCGACCGUCGUUCGGAUGAUCAUCAAGACUACUACCAACGCCAUACCACUCAUCCAUACGAGUUUCACGACGAUGACGCUCAGGAUUAUAAUUCUCUAUCUCGUAGAAUAGAUCUACAUGACUAUGAGCUGGGGACGCUUCGAUGAGCUGUUGCAGAACUACCUCCUCUUCCACAACGGUUGAGAGGCGCACGAUUUCACUAGCUGUAAACCAAAGAUAAGUCAGUUCAAAACAAGAAGCUUUGACCUGCUACGGUGAGUGAUUGAAACGGUGGAAAACGAGGAAAUACCUUGAUGUUUUCGUUGGUCAUCAAGAAAAUGGCCGAUUAAUUGUUCUCCCAUCGCAUCAAGUGAAGUUUUGAGGCUCAAAAUUUGUUUUUCUAUUCUAUCAACUAUAUGAAACCAAUUUAAUGAAAAGAUUAGAUCGCAUCA